AUGUACAUCUCGUACAAGCGUUACGUUUGGUCGAUCGAUCUGGACGGUAGGACGUACAACGGACCUUUAGCCCUUUCGAAUCACAUGAGCUUUCUUCACGACAAUUACACGCGCGUGACCGCCGCCUAUCAAUCCCCAUCCGGCAAUCUCGUGGUGUUCGUAGAUAAUUUGGUAUACUUGGUUCAAUAUCCGGAAUUUAGUCUGCGCCCAGGUUGGCUGAAGACCUUGCAAGAACUCGGAUUUUCCAAAAACACGUUGAUCAACGGAGCGGUGAACACCCACAGAGGACGUUCCUUCGUGGUGUUCAACGGUAACGCGGUGGGCAAGAUAGACGAAUGCGACAAGGACAAGAGAGUCGCCAAAUUUACGCCCCUCAAGGCGACGUUUCCCGGAAUACCGACCGGCGUGACGUCGAUCUUUCGCUACGUCGACGGCAAUCUGUACUUCACCACUCGGGCGCAGUUCUACAAAUUCAACGAAUUUACGAGGACCGUCUCGUCGGCCGGUAAAUUUGAUCUGCGGAUACUAAAUAUCGUCUGCCCUAGGGCCGAACUGUUGCAGCAGUUGCGCGAUCUCCUUGAUCGAAUCGUACGCCUCAACGAUAACUCAUUAACGUCAGCGGCGAGCGAUUAUUCGUAUGAUGACGACACCAGCGUUCGGCUCUCCGAUUUCCGCAUCCGUCGAAGGAAGUAG